GGUUUGUGGUCUGUCAACUGUGAUUUGACAAUUGACAUUACUAGUGUUACUAUUCCUUAAUGUGUGUAAUUCUAUCUAAUGUGUGAUUGACUGACAAUGGAUUGACAAUUUGAAUUUUUGAAUUAUUUUCCUCUGUACUUACUAUACUCUUUAAUCUUACUUAUUAUUUUUUAAUUACGUGACAGCUCGCUGUGCGAUUGCGGUCUUGAUGAGGGUACCUUAUACUUUAGAUAUUUUACUUGCCCACCAUAUAGCACAAUAGUUUUCGCCACUCACAUCAUUCCUUGGUCUAUUUAACUGACGUGAACAACCUAUUAGUCUUGAACCUUAAACGAAUAUUCGAUAAGCAAAUCAUGUCUAACACGAUUGUUCAGUAUAUUUUGCUCCGUACCGACUUGCUGAAGGAGUUGGGAUGGUCAAUAGGAUCAGUGGUGGCGCAGGCUUGCCAUGCAUCUACUGCUGUACUUCACUUGUACAAGGACGAUGAGACAACAAUAAAGUACUUAGAUGAUAUGGAUAAUAUGCACAAAGUUGUGUUAGAGGUGCCCAAUCAAGAAUCAUUACUAAAAGUAUCAGAAAAAUUAAAAGAAAACUUUGUCUCGCAUAAACUGUGGAUAGAACAACCUGAAAACAUACCAACAUGUAUAGCUUUGAAGCCAUACCCUAAAGAUGAAGUAAAAAAGGCGGCGCUGAUUGCUUACCAUCAGGCGAUAAGUCUGUUCGUUCGAGUAAAAAAAGACCCGAAUCAGUGCAUGCAAUCAGCAGAUAGGCAAGUACAUGAAACGGACUUAACCCCUCGAGCGUCCUUAUGA